AUGACCCUCUUCCACACAGUGUUCCUCCAGUUCAAGGCCGAUACCGACGCCGACAAGAUCAAGGACGCUUGCGCUCGCUUCGUCGAGCUGAGAAACCAAUGCAUCCAUCCUACAUCCAACUCUCCGUAUCUCCUCUCUCUCAAGGCAGGAAAAGACCACUCCGAAGCAGGACUCCAGGACGGAAUUACUCACGGGUUUGUUCUAGAGUUCAGCUCUACUGAGGAUCGCGAUUACUACAUGUCUAGAGACCCUGCCCACAGCGCAUUCGAAAAGGUCAUCGGAGAGCUCAUCUCCAAGGUCAUCGUCGUAGACUUCACCGAUGGUGUUUUCUGA